UGCCAGCCAUAGUUGAACACUACAGUAUGUAAUUACGGCUAGAAUUCGCGACAUUUUCUUUAUUUAAUUUUCUGCAUAAAUAUACAUUCAAAUAAGAAGCCAUGUCCAGCCUGAGUUGUCAUCGUGGUAAAGGGUGCAUAACAUGCACACAGUUUUAGUAACACUUGUGAUUGUGAAAUAGAGCUGCUGGUGUCCUGCUGGAGCCCUCCACACCCUCAGCUUUUCCCCGUUGAAUCACUGCCGCCCUCGGCCUUCUUGGUUGGCUUGAGGAGCUUCUCCACGGCAGCAUAACUGUGCACGGCGCCGUCAUACAGGGUGUCCCCGGUGGACUUGGCGAUGGCUGCGGCCCGGUCCGGGUAGUACAUGGAGGCAGUGGCUGCCAUCAGACCAGCCGGAUAGAUGAGCUUUUUCACCCGGGAGCGUCUUGCGAAAAGCAGCCCUAGGACGCCGGUGAAGCCGAUGAUGCCAGCCCGGGCCAAGACGUCCCCCGGUGGGUCUUUGAGAAACGUGAGGGUGUCACGACCACACUGGACCACACUUUGGACCUUCGGUUCGAGUUGACCGUAAGUGGUCCGACACCAAGCCGUGUACGGCUCCACCACCUUCCGGAGGUUGGCGACACUUUUCUCCAGUUGACCCGCUUCGGGCUCCUCGGACGCUGUUUUCGCCUGGCGUGGGGCGCGGUACAGAGAAAGGUCAUCCCGUUUGAGCGGCGCUGCCUGUUUCUUUCCGUCACCGCCAGCGGCCAAGACGGUGGCUGGCCACAAGGUGAAGGCUCCGGCCAUAACGACUCUACCUGUCACCUUCAACAUGAUCCCUGCCAGCCAUGCGUGGCUACGGCGUAUCAGGAGGGACAUUACCUCCUCAAUGCGAAGUUGUGGCUACACGGCCUUUAAAUGCGUUUUCUUAUCCCCAUACAUCAGUGAUGUUUUAUUCGUUUUCAUUCAUAGUAAAAAAAAUCUCCUUCUCGUACUAUCAAGGUUACUUGGGGUUAUAAUUGCUGUAACACGAAUUUACCUCCGUCUGUAGUAUUUAGUAUUAAGCUUUAAUCGUCCCUCGUCGUAUUUUCUCUGAAAUUACACGCAAAUAAGUGACGACUGUUGAGGUUGUUUUUUUCUACGUGCGACGUAAAAGUUAAGGUUUUAUGUGACGUCAUUGGUUACCAUGGCAACCACGGCGUCUCCAACUCAAAGCGUCAACAGCAACAGUGGAGAGCAAAAAACACACUUGGCACGUUUGUCUUGUUAUUUUUAAACAAUAUAUUUUUAAAGAAUGGAAUAUCUUGGAGUCUCAUCUGCCCAGAACCUUCAGGCGCUGUCUGCCUUGCUCUCCAACCAACAACAAGAAGAUGAUGAUGAAGAUUAUGAAAAUGUGUCUCCCUAUGCAAAGAUGGGUCCAGGAAACAUUGGUCCCCCACUCAGAAAGGACAAAGAUGUGCCGCCUGUGUACAUGAAGAAGAACAGCAAAGAUGUAUGGAGCGAGGAGGAGGUGGCCGAGGGCCCCCAGUAUGAUGACAUCACGGACCCACGACCACAGCCCGAAUAUGAAAUCAUACUCAGGCAGAGUGUAGGGACAGAAGAUGUCUUUUUGGGCCUCAGCAGGAAGGACCCAUCCUCCAUGUGCUGUGAAGCCAUGCUGGUGAAAAUAAAACUUCCAGACAGCAAAGCAUCAGAUGUGACCCUGGACGUCAAAGAAAGGUUCCUUGACCUUCGGACACCAAAGUAUAAACUGGGCCUCCAUCUCCCACACCCGGUCUUCCACCAGGAGAGCAAGGCCCAGUUCUUCAGCGAGAGGGAGGAACUAGAAGUGACUCUUCUCAUGAAUCGACCCCUAGAUGCCAUCAACAUGCAGUAAGAUAGAACUGCGGCCCAAAGGAACAUGUUCAGACUGGAUUGGAUUCUGGUAGACCCCAUUGCUGCCCCGGAUGAAUGAAAGAAAAACCCAAGUAUUAUUAAGUAGCAUAUACUCAUUGGUCCAAUAUUGACUAGA